GGUGGCAAAAGUGAAGAAAAAAAAUGGAGCCUGGUAAUGCCGCUGAAGAAGCGGGCCCGCGCAUCGACGAGCAUUUCGACCACAUUCGCGCGAACCUUAUUCAGUGCGAGGAGUGCAACGAGAACUUCUUCUUCGACUUCUUGCGGCAUCCGCGAUAUUUCGUGACGCAUUUCAAGACGUGUCAUCUCAAGAACGUGCUGUACCGCUUCAAUGGCUGCUCUGAAGAGGAGAAUCAGCGCGUGCGCUUCGGACCUCGUCGCAAGAAAGAUGCGAAGGCCUGGUUUGGUCAGCUCAAGUCCACUGAGAAGAGGAUGAUUUCCAUGCAAGACAACAAGUGGGGUGAAAUCGCUGAGCGGGAGUGUUGGUCUUGUCGCUUGUGCAAACAAGCUCGGAAGAGCAGCGAGAUACCUCACGCCUUCGAGCCCAACGAGUUAGGACGUCGGCAAGCGUUGUUGCAUCUGCGGCAAUUCCACGAAACUACCUACAACCAGUUCCUCAGCAUGUUGCCAGCAGUUGACAGCUCUGCCAGUCGGGCAGCUCUGGCCAGUCACCGUUCAGGAAACCAAAUGUCAUCUUCAAGCCCAGUGGGGUACUUAGGUCUGCAAACAGGAGCACUCGCUAUCAGAUCAGUUAACCAAAGCAGUGCUAACGGCACGACAACUUCUACGACUCCGAGACAGUCAGUCGAGGCGGAAAGAAGUCGCCUCCGUCGCAUGAGAGCAACCCCAGAGGCUAAAAAGGCAGAAGCCGAGCGUAGUCGACGUCGGCGAGAGCAGCUCACACCGGCGCAACGACAGGCAGAUACAAAGAGACGAGCUCGCAAGCGACUACGCGCUGAGGAGCGAGAGCGUAGUCGGUUGCGUCGAACCGAGGCCUCUCCUGACGCUCGCCAACGAGAGACGAAGCGGUCGAGAGAGCGACGACAGAAUGCAACGGAGCAGCAACGCAAACGAGAGGCGCAACGGAGUCGCAUGCGACAGCACGCCGGUUGCCUCGCUGGCUGCCACUCCGGUUACCCCCGUCUCGGACGCGACGAGUCCUCCUGCUUCUGUUGCAAGUGA